AAUUCCAGUGUUGCCUUGUGGGAAUCAUGCAAUUAUAAUUUUUACCUCUCAACGGAUUUUUCCCAAAUUCAGACUCUCACAAUAAAACCCCUACAAAAUCCCUAAAUUCCAUCGAAUUUGCUCAUUCUCGUCUAAAGCAAGACGAAGAUGACGACUGCUGUCAACACAGUUUCUGGUGAUGAAGAUCGUUCGGACAAAAAGAUUCAGGGUGAUAUUGAUGAGAGUAAGGUCAAAGCACCAAACAUGUUCGAACGAGCUAAAGAAGAGCUUGAUGCUGUUAUCGGAGCUAUUCAUCAACGCAAGAGUUCAAAGGAUAAAAUGGAAUUCAAAUCAGAUAAACCAGAAGAUGGAAAGAAAAAACCGAAUAUGUUGAAAAAGGCGAGGGAAGACCUCAAAUCUUUAUUCCUGAAGGAAAAACCUCCUCGCCAUCUUCAUCAUCAUCACAAAGAAACUCAUGGAAGGAGUGAUGAUAUCAGUGAGAACACACCGGUGGAUGAAGUGAAGGCUCCUAAUGUUUUGGAGAGAGCCAAGGAAGAAAUCGAAGCCGUCAUCGACACCAUCCAUUCCAAGAAGAAGGAGAAAGACGGUUCUGGUUCACCUUCGCGUUCUCGGUCUCUCUCACCGGAAAAGGAGAGAGCUGGAUUCGCAUGCUCUAUUGGAAAGGGGUUGGAAAAGAUAUGUUCUCCUUGGAGUGAUGAUAAAAAGGAUUAAUUUAUUCUUAUGAUUGAUGAUCAUAAAACUUGUUUGUUAAUUGUCAUGAUAGACUUGCUUUUAAGCUUCAAUCAGUUUGUUGAUUAUUAUUAGGUACAAAGUUGUUAAAUUCGUAAGCUUAUUUUAUGGAUUCUAUGGGUAUUGGGUACUAUUACUAAAUCUCACACAUUUUCAUAUUUCAGAAUCGGGUGGGCCUUAUUGGAUAUGAAUCUUUUAGAUGGCCUAUAAUCAGGUAGGCCUUGUAGAUUAUGAACCCAUUUUUCUUUAGAAUGGGCCAAUGGACCUGGUCGUGAG